AUGUCUCGCUACACGAGGCCCCCCAACACCUCCCUGUUUGUCAGGAACGUCGCAGACGCCACCAGGCCUGAGGACUUGCGCCGUGAGUUUGGUCGAUAUGGCCCUAUAGUAGACGUUUACAUUCCACUUGACUUCUACACUCGCCGCCCAAGAGGAUUUGCUUAUGUUCAAUAUCCUUUCUUUUACUUCAUAUUUGAAGAUGUUCGUGAUGCUGAAGAUGCUCUUUAUAACCUUAAUAGAAAAUGGGUAUGUGGCCGUCAAAUUGAAAUACAGUUUGCACAAGGUGAUCGCAAAACACCAGGCCAAAUGAAAUCAAAAGAACGUCACCCUUGUUCUCCAAGUGAUCACAGGAGAUCCAGAAGUCCUAGUCAAAGGAGAACUCGAAGUAGAAGUUCUUCCUGGGGAAGAAACAGGAGGCGGUCUGAUAGCCUUAAAGAGUCUCGACACAGACGAUUUUCUUACAGCCAAUCUAAAUCUCGUUCCAAAUCACUACCAAGGCGGUCUACCUCAGCAAGGCAAUCAAGAACUCCAAGAAGAAAUUCUGGUUCUAGAGGACGAUCAAGGUCCAAGUCCUUACAAAAAAGGUCCAAGUCAAUAGGAAAAUCACAAUCAAGUUCACCUCAAAAGCAGACUGGCUCAGGAGCAAAAUCAAGAUCACAUGGAAGACAUUCUGACUCCAUAGCAAGAUCCCCAUGUAAAUCUCCCAAAGGGUACACCAAUUCUGAAACUAAAGCACAAACAGCAAAACAUUCUCAUUUUCGAUCACAUUCCAGAUCUCGGAGUUACCGUCAUAAAAACAGUUGGUGA